CGCUUUUUUCUCUGCAGCAUUUCUUUCUGUUCGUUGUUCGACUGAAUGCUUUCUUCUCCUCAACCGUAACCUCAGCAUCAUCCUCGAUAUAUCGUAUUGUCAUGGAGGGAUACCGCUUUCUGGGCUGUCUGGUACAGGCACUGUGGUGAGAUGGGCUUCAGCGUCGCGCGUGGUCAGGCAGUUGAUCUGCCUUGGGCUUGAUGCUUGCAGCCAACGGUGCUUAAUGGUUUCUGAGCUUGCUGUCAUUUGUCUACUCAUCCUGUAGUCAUUCGCAAGACUGGGGGCUCACGCACGGCCUACCAGGCUGGCACGGGUCAGCUUGGUUUUGCUUGUAGCUUAGUAUAGCAUGUUGGACAUCCCGUCAACAUAAUGAAGUCCUUGUUGUCCUUUACGUUUACUCAUGCUCCCGCUCUUUGUUCUGCUCUGCGUCCCCAAAAGCGUCG